UUUACCCUCCUCUUUCCCUUCAUCCCAACACACUGUUCUUUUGACAUAUACAACACGGAAAAAAAUGGAAGAAUCCUAAUUGAAAACCAGUCAAUAUAGGGAAUAGUUGUUCAUGUCUUCCUCCCAUAUUAUAUCAUUAUUUUUUAUUAUUUCCAUCACCCUCUUCUUCUACCCUUAGCAUGACUCGUUGUUCCCACAGUCUUCCCUCUUCUUCCUCCCCCCUGCUACAUCCAUGAAUCUAGCCAGAUGGUAGUUUAGAGAGAGAGAGAGGAAUAUGGGAGUAGAGAAGGAGAAGGAGGUGGUGGAGAUCUGCGAAGACGAAGAGAAGAGUGAGAAGAGCGAGAGGAGCGUGGGAAGCAGCCGAUCUCCAAGCCGGAGGAGGCCAGCACCAGCCCUGGACCUAAACGAGGUUGUGGCCGCCGAGGGAAGCGAGGAGGGAGAGGCGGAGAGAGGAGAGGAUGAGGAUGAUGGGGAGAGCACCACGGAGGUUGCGGGAGGAGGGAGCUCGAGCAACAACAGCAGUACUAACAACUGCAGCAACAAGGACAACAAUAACAGCGGUGUAGCUGAAGGGAACGGGGAGCAAGUGCCCCGGGUGAGGCAGUAUAUCCGCUCCAAAAUGCCGAGGCUUCGGUGGACACCGGAUCUCCACCUAUCCUUCGUCCAUGCCGUCGAGCGGCUCGGAGGGCAAGAGAGAGCAACUCCAAAGUUGGUUCUUCAGAUGAUGAAUGUGAGGGGACUCAGUAUUGCUCAUGUAAAAAGCCACUUGCAGAUGUACCGAAGCAAGAAGCUAGAUGACUCUGGGCAAGAAAAGGCAUCCAUGUCUUCAGUUAUGUCACCAAUGGAUAUGCAUAUGAGAAGAGGAGAUCGCCUUCAUGAGAUGUUCUACCAAAGACCAGGUGCACACCAGUCCUUCAGAAUGGAGAGUGGAAGCUUCUUCCCCUCCAGGGGCACCCCCGACCAUGCCCGGCUUUACAGCCUGCUGCAUCGACUGCAACUCCAACACCCCGUUGAUCUCAGGAGCUGCAACUUUGGGAGGCAUCAGGAGUGGGCUUUCAACCAGCAAGCUGCAGCAAGAGCUGGCACCACGAAGGAUCCCGGUUCAGCAAAGUGUUUGAUACAUGAUGCGAUCUUCAGAAAGGAUGAGAAGCCGUCGACAUCUCACACGUUUGACGUGGGGAAGACGACCACCGGAAACGGGAACAUGAGACCCUCACACCAAUUCCUUGAGGAAAGAAGGUGGCUUCCUGGCGAAAUGGUUGGUGACCAAAGACCGGAAGGCAAUAGGCUUGGCAGCUUUGAUUUGAUGGGUGGCAGCUCGAGUCCCCUUGCCACGGCUGUACCUAUGAACCCAAUCUCUACAGAUUCUACUUCGGGAUGGAAAGGGAGCAGCAAUUACUGCUAUAACGACGAGAGGAUCCAUUCUAACUCUCGAGAUCUGAUUAAUGACAGCCUCGAGCCGCAAUUCGAAAACCCAUUUCGACUGGAGCUGCAGAAUCAUCCAAUGAGCAAGCCCAUGACUAGAUCUCAAGAGAAUCUUGCCAAGAAAGAGAACCGUAUCGCAGAGGUGAAGAGGAUGAGAAUGACGAUGCAGAGGGAUUGGAUUCCCAACCUGCAGUUAAGCUUGAGCCCAAAUUUGGAACAUGAUGAGAGUAACAGCAACAAGGGUGUCGAAGCUGAAGAGGAAGUCGAUAGCGUGCUCUCACUUUCACUCUCUACCCCUAUUUCCAUGCGACAAAAAGAAACCGGGAAGCCCGAAAUCCAGUUCCUGCAAAAAGGUAGCAGCCACAAGGUCGCUAUGGGGCUGAGUACUUCAGAUCUGACCAUGUCAAUUAAGGCAUUGGAGUGAGAUCUUUCAAGUACUUAAGGCCUUUCCAUAUGCAUAGUUAUGCUGCGCGUGAAUAAGGUUUAGCCAAUGAUCCCUUUUGAGUCCUUGCAUUUUAGUGUUAGUAGCUCUGGAUUUUACAUGUUUAAUUUGGAGUGCUAUGAUCAUCUGAAAUUGAUAUGUUGUCAUUUGGAUCAUUGGGAAAUAUUUGGGGAAAUAUUUAAGAUGCCUAUGAAGUAUGAAAACAGUGAGUUAGUCGCAG